CGCUUCUUCCUUCUUUCUCUCUCUAGCUUUGGGCCUCUUCCGGUUGGUGGAGUGCCUGUUGGCGCAGGCUGCGGUGCAAAGAUGGCUAAGUCUAAGAACCAUACCACCCACAAUCAAUCACGAAAAUGGCACAGAAAUGGCAUCAAGAAACCUAGAUCACAGAGAUAUGAGUCUCUGAAAGGGGUUGACCCUAAGUUUCUGAGAAACAUGCGCUUUGCCAAGAAACACAACAAGAAGGGGCUGAAGAAGAUGCAGGCCAACAAUGCCAAAGCCAUCAAGGCCCGAGCAGAGGCCAUCAAGGCCCUGAGCACUAAGGCCUCGAAGGCCAAGCUUCUCAGGCCCAAGAUUUCCAAGGCCACUGCCCGCCGUGCUGGCAACAAAAUGGCCACCAAGCGUCCAGCCCCUAGAGUUGGCAUCAAACGCCCAGGCCCCAAGAUCACAAAGCCCGAUUCUAAGGUUGCCAGAACCACUGAACCCAAGACAGCCAAGCCCACCGAUCCCAAGGCCACGAAGCCCACUAAGCCCACUGACCCCAAGACCGCCAAGCCCACUGAUCCUAAGGUCACCAAGUCUGGCGCCAAGGUCACCAAAUCUGAUCCCAAGGCUACCAAACCUGGCCCCAAAGUCACCAAGUCCGACACCAAGGUCGCCAAACCCGAUCCCAAGGCAGCCAAGUCUGAUCCCAAGGCAGCCAAGUCCGAUCCCAAGGCUGCUAAGUCUGGUUCUAAGGCCACAAAGCCCAGUGAUUCCAAGGCUGCUAAGCCUGCCGAGUCCAAACCCAAAGAUGCUGGGGCUAAAGCUUCUGGUCCCAAGCCUUCAAAAUAAUAGAUGCUUCAGGACAGAAGGACUUGUUUAAAACCUACGCCACCGUUUUUUCCUAGCCAGGGUAUGAUUAUUCACUAUUUUGUACAAAUAAAGGAAAUGGUGAGUCAUAAGAA